UAAGUGAGUGAAGCUUGCCUGCUGCUUGGCUGGCACGUCGGGAACGUAGUACUAGUUUAUAAUAAAACACCAAGGUUGCCUUAGUCGACGACCAGACAAAUGGUGGGUUGAGUGGAACAACACUUUAUACUACUGUUACUGACGACGACGACGUUGCUUCUACCUUCUCGCUGUGGAAAGUUUUUUGUGUUGCUAUUAUUGCCAUAGCUGUUCCUGUGUAAGCAGCAGGAUCAUUGUACAGUAUGACAAGUGAAGACAGUCCAAUAAUGACUGCCCCACCACCUCAGCCACCCCCAGUUUAUCCACAGGACAAUAUGAAAAUGUUAGAAACUGCUAUUAAUUCAAUGGAAGAGAAAGGCAUGCAGGAUGACCCUCGAUACUCUCACCUAGUGAUAAUUGCAAAUCGAACCAAGGGAGUGGUGAGUGGAGGAGGUAAUGGCACUGCAAGUGGUCCUGGAUCACAGGGUUCGACAGGCCCUCCUAAUAUGGGUGGCCCAGGCCAAGGAAUGGGUAUGAGUGGACCGGGCAUGACACCCGGAAACAAUAUGAAUGGACCAAAUAUGAACAACUCAAACAGCAAUAUGUCGAACCCUAAUAUGGCCGGACCAAAUGGUGGAAACAUGAACAGUGGAAUGGGGGGUAAUCCUUCAUCUGGUACCGGUGUAGGUGCUGCUGGAUCAGGUAACCCACCCAAUGUCUAUGCCAAUAUGCAAGGACCUAAUUCAUGUGGUCCACCUGGGAUGAAUGGGCCGGCCAUGAACAAUAUGUCCGGACCUAAUAAUGCUAUGGUUGCAAACAUGAAUUCCAAUAUGAAUGGUCCACCCGGACCCCCAAAUUCCUCUGGAGCUAAUCAGCAAGCUAUUGAAACCAGUGAACAAGGACCACAAGGUAACAAUAUCCCACCUUCUGGUAUGGGAGGCAAUCCCAAUAUGCCAGCACAAGGACCGCCAACUGGACCAAGGACUCAGUUUUCUGCAUCACAGCUUGCACAACUCAGAGCACAAAUUAUGGCAUACAAAUUGAUAGCUCGCAAUCAGAAUUUACCUGAUAAUAUACGUUAUGCUAUUGAAGGAAAACGCAGUGGUUAUGGACCUCCAUAUCAAAGACCUGUUGAUCCCCAUCAGAUGCAACAAAUGAGGAUGAACCAGCCGCAACAGCAACAGCCACCACCGCAAGGCAUGGUACCUGCUGCUCAAAACUAUCCUCCUCAAAUGAUGUCAGCUCAGAGCCAACCGAAUGUUCAAGUUCAACAACGAAUGCAACAACAACAGCCGACGUCAAUCCAAGCUAUUGUAUCUCUUCAACAAAGACAGAAUCGAGUAUCGCCUGUCGGCAAACCAACAGGGCUGGAUCCCAUAGAAAUUCUGAACGAACGGGAACACCGAUUAGGAGCAAGGAUUGCUCAGCGAAUCCAAGAACUUGAGACUUUACCAGCAACGAUGCCUGAAGACAUGCAAAUGAAGGCUAUGAUUGAACUUAGAGCUCUGAGACUUCUGAAUUUCCAAAGACAGUUAAGACAGGAAGUUGUAUCAUGUAUGCGUAAAGACACCACUCUGGAAACGGCACUAAAUACAAAAGCUUACAAACGUAGCAAGAGGCAGUCUUUAAGAGAGGCGCGUGUCACUGAAAAAUUAGAAAAACAACAGAAAAUGGAGCAAGAAAGGAAGAGACGGCAGAAACACCAGGAAUAUUUGAAUGCAGUCUUGCAACAUGCUAAAGACUUCAAGGAAUUCCAUCGCAAUAUGUCUGUGAAGAUUGGCAAGUUGAACAAGGCUGUUAUGACUUACCAUGCCAACACUGAACGGGAACAAAAGAAAGAACAAGAAAGAAUAGAAAAAGAGCGUAUGCGACGCCUUAUGGCUGAAGAUGAAGAAGGCUACAGGAAACUUAUUGAUCAGAAGAAAGAUAAGCGUUUGGCCUAUUUACUACAGCAAACUGAUGAAUACGUGUCUAAUCUAACAAAACUUGUUGUACAACAUAAGAUCGAACAAAAGAAAAAUAAAAAGAAGAAGAAGAAAAAGAAGAAGGCUACUGAUUCUGAUAAUCCUGACAAUUUAAAAGAAGCUCUUAUAGAUGAGACUUCAACAGCCAGUGAAACAAGAAUUAGUGUUCUUGAAACAAGUACAGGUAAAAUAUUGUCUGGAGAAGAAGCACCUCUUUCUAGUCAAAUUGAAACCUGGUUAGAACAACAUCCUGGCUUCGAAGUUGCUCCACGUGAAGAAGGGGAGUCAGAUGAUGAUGAUGAUGAUGAUUCAGAUGAGGAAGAAGAUGAUAAGCCAAAACUACCAGGAAAUCCAGAGUUACCUCCAUCUACGCAAGAUGAUGAUGAAUAUCGUAAUGAUCUUACCAACUACUACACUAUUGCUCACAGUGUCCGUGAAAUUAUUACCGAGCAAGCAUCUAUGUUAAUUAAUGGUAAACUGAAAGAAUAUCAGGUUAAAGGCUUGGAAUGGUUGGUUUCGUUGUAUAAUAACAACCUAAAUGGUAUUUUAGCCGAUGAAAUGGGUCUUGGCAAAACUAUUCAGACCAUCGGACUCAUUACAUAUCUUAUAGAGAAAAAGAAAGUUAAUGGACCUUUUCUGAUCAUCGUUCCACUCUCGACAUUAUCCAAUUGGAUGUUGGAAUUUGACAAGUGGGCCCCUAGUGUUAUUAAAGUAGCUUAUAAAGGUUCUCCGAACAUGCGCCGUACUCUAACACCCCAAUUAAAAGCUGGUAAAUUCAAUUCUCUGUUGACAACUUAUGAAUAUAUUAUGAAAGAUAAAGCAAUUUUAUCAAAGAUCCGUUGGAAAUACAUGAUAAUUGAUGAAGGUCACCGUAUGAAAAAUCACCACUGUAAACUAACCCAAAUCCUUAAUACAUAUUAUAGUGCACCAUACAGAUUGCUACUAACUGGAACACCUUUACAGAACAAACUGCCUGAACUAUGGGCAUUAUUGAAUUUUCUCCUGCCAAGUAUAUUUAAGUCAUGUAUUACCUUUGAGCAGUGGUUUAAUGCACCUUUUGCUAUGACUGGAGAAAAGGUGGAGCUCAAUCAGGAAGAAACGUUACUCAUCAUUCGACGUUUGCACAAAGUGCUAAGGCCAUUCUUAUUAAGAAGACUGAAAAAAGAGGUAGAAUCUCAGUUACCAGAGAAGGUUGAAUAUGUUAUUAAAUGUGAAAUGUCAGCGUUACAACGACUACUUUACCGUCACAUGCAAUGUAAAGGAGUUUUGCUGACUGAUGGAUCAGAAAAAGACAAAAAGGGUAAAGGGGGUACCAAAGCCCUGAUGAAUACUAUUAUGCAGCUGAGAAAGAUCUGUAACCAUCCAUUUAUGUUUCAACAUAUUGAAGAGGCAUUUGCCGAUCACUUAGGAAUUCAAGGAGGAAUAGUAAGCGGGCCGGAAUUAUACCGAGUAUCUGGAAAGUUUGAAUUACUUGAUAGAAUACUUCCAAAAUUGCGUGCCAAAGACCAUCGUGUUCUUCUUUUCUGUCAAAUGACGUCCCUCAUGAGCAUCAUGGAAGAUUACUUUGUAUGCAGAGGUUUACGCUAUUUACGACUUGAUGGAACAACAAAGUCAGAAGACAGAGGCCAUCUUUUGGCUUUAUUUAACCAAGAAGAAUCUCCUUAUUUUAUUUUCCUGCUCAGUACUAGAGCAGGUGGUUUAGGUUUGAAUUUACAAGCUGCAGACACUGUCAUUAUCUUUGAUUCUGACUGGAAUCCACAUCAAGAUCUGCAAGCUCAAGAUCGUGCGCAUCGUAUCGGUCAGCAAAACGAAGUGCGAGUGCUUCGUUUGAUGACUGUUAAUAGUGUUGAAGAACGAAUUUUGGCAGCUGCGCGUUACAAACUUAAUGUUGAUGAGAAAGUGAUCCAAGCUGGUAUGUUUGAUCAGAAGUCUACUGGAACUGAGCGCCGACAAUUCCUACAAGCACUACUUAUGCAAGAGAAUGAUGAGGAGGAACAGGCAAGUGAAUGCCUUUAUCUCAGAGAAGAAGAUGAAGUACCUGACGAUGAGACGGUGAACCAAAUGUUGGCUCGAACUGAAGAAGAGUUUGAUUUGUAUCAGAAAAUGGACCUUGAAAGGCGAAGACAAGAAGCUAGAGAUCCAAAGCGUAAGCCCCGAUUAAUGGAAUCUGAUGAAUUACCUGAAUGGUUGAGGAAGGAUGAGAAAGAGGUCGAACGUUUAACCUAUGAAGAAGAAGAAGACAAAAUAUUUGGGCGUGGCUCCCGCUCAAGAAAAGAAGUAGAUUACUCAGACUCUCUCACAGAUGGCCAGUGGCUAAGAGCUAUUGAAGAUGGCAAUCUAGAGGAAGUGGAAGAGAAGAAAAAGGCAAAGAAAGCGAAAAAGCGAAAAUACGUUGAUGAUGAUGAUUCAAAUUCUGCCUCAACCCCACAAAACAAGAAAGAAAAGAAGCGACGUGGGCGACCACCCCUUGAGAAACAACCUCCAAAUCCUCCAAAAUUAACUAAAAUGAUGAAGAAAUUACUGGAUGUUGUACUUAGCUAUAGAGACAGUGAUGGUCGAGUCCUUAGUGAAGUCUUUAUUAGUUUGCCAUCACGUAAAGAAUUACCAGAAUACUAUGAAAUCAUUAAAAAGCCAGUUGAUUUUAGAAAAAUUAAGGCUAGAAUCAGAGACCACAAAUAUCGAAGUCUCGAUGAUUUGGAACGGGAUGUAAUGUUAUUAUGUAAGAAUGCACAAACAUUUAAUGUAGAAGGUUCUCUGAUCUACGAGGAUUCUAUUGUGCUACAAUCCGUAUUUACUAAUGCCAGAGAACGAUUAGAAAAAGAUGGCUACCUGCCAUCAUCUGAUGACAGCUUCAGUGAUGACGAUGAUGCUGGAAAUCCUGAUAGUGAUGAUGAUCAAGAUGACGAUGAUGACGAAGAGGAAGAAGAAGAAACACCUAGUCAGACUGUGAAAGUAAAAAUUAAAUUAAAUAAAGAUGCAUCUAGUUCAGCAAAGAAGGCUUGUAAAGAGGCACCUAGUAACAUACAGGAACAUUUUGCUGCUGCCCAAGAAAUAAAACCUCGGAAAAGAAAAAUGCGAGCGGCCAAAAAUCGUCCUGUUAUCAGUGAUGAUGAAGACACAGAAGGUAGUGUUGGUGUUAGUGUUUCCUGUGGUGAAAUGAACUGAAAGUUAUUUGUACUCAGGGACAGCCCUGGGACUUGAGGAACUAAUUCAAAAGAAGUGAAGCUGGUCCAGAUAUUCCCCCCCAACAAAAACUCAACCCGGAUUUCAUCUCCGGUGCUUGGUUCCAGGAAAAGAUAGCAAAACUGACAGUGCAGGUCGUCUUCACCCUAGGUUCUGUUUAAUCAAUCUUCCUCUACUUCUUCCCUGCAUUUUCUCUGCUCCCAACCUCCCCUCUUUACUACCCAUUUCUCAGUCCUUUCAUUCGCCAACCCCUACCGUCUCUCUCUCCUUACAGCCUGUACAAUGAUAGGGUCCUGUUUAUAAGUGACACUUCAUUCCUCUCGGUGCAGUUCAGAUUGCUCCAGCUUGUCAAUCGGCAGCGAUUACUUUCACUGCUAAACUAUCUUUUCUUUUAACGGGGUGUUAAUCACUUCCAGUUUAUUGAUAAAGGGGUUAUGUUCACAGACAUUGCUACCCUCUUAUCUACUAUGAAGACAUUUCCUUCCCUUAAACUAGUUUUGAGGGGCUGUUGAGGAUAUGAUUUACAAAGAAGACAACAACUAUGAACGUUAAACGUUAAACUUACUUGACAUAAUUUCUAACAAUAGGUUCACAAUAAAAAAAAAAAACCUUCAAUUUCACAGAUUUUUUUCUCAAUCUUUUUUUUUUAUCUAUUCCAUUUCAUGCAAAUAAAUGUUUUUCUUUUUUUUAUUUUUUUUCCCCUUCUUGUUUUCUGUUUUUUGUUUUUCUUUACCCAAAUUGAAUUUCCAUUUGCUUGUCUGGGCAAUGUGAUUUUUUUCACAGUAUUAAUUUACAUUGGCAUUUGAGAAAAAAAAAAAUCAAUAUAGCACUUGUCUAAUGCUGUCUUGGAUACUUCUCCAAAGAAUUAUUUAUUUUAUCAGUCCUCAAGCAACCCUUGCUGCAAGUGUGCAAGGAAUCCUUUAUUUUUUUUUCUCUUGGAUUAAGAGACCAUUCUAGAUAGUCCUCUUGCCAAGCUCCUAUCAGAAAUGUCUGUUUAGCUGCUGUUUGAUAUCUGCCAAUGCUGAAGAUCUUCCCUCCAUGUUUUUGAAAGUUUCCAGAAGUUAACAAGAAAAUAAUCUGAAAAGAAGAAAAAAAAGUCAGUCAAAUGUCUGUUAAUAAACUGUUUGACAAGUAACUUUUAUGAAAACAUUCCUACAUAAAAUAUUGUAUGCAUGGUGUGUUGUGAGUGUACAGGUUGUUGAGACUGUUUUGGACAUGAAACCCAAAGCUUUGAUGUAAUAAGUAGUCGGCUGCUAUUACUAUCUGAAUUAUAAAAUAAAAACUGCAUUGGCAAAUUGAAAUUGGCUCUGAGGAACUGUAAUCAUUUCCCUUGUCCUCCAAGGCCAUGUUAAGCUUUGUGUGAACCAUUUCUGGAUGUCUAAUUCCAUAUUUGUGUUGUUUUAAAAAUGCCUUUAAAUUAUCAUUUUGCCUGUUAUUUUUUUUUUCUUUUAUAAUGCUUGAGACUCAUGGCCUGAGAGAAGGCAGCUGUGUUGGAGUGGUCAUCUUGAAGAAAAAUAAGUUCUCAGUGUUGGCAUGAAAGGGGGCAAAUAGGUUUAAUUUCUCUCACUCUCUUUUUUUUUUUUUUUCUUCAUAUAUAUAUAUACAUAUAUAUAUACAUGUAUGUAUGUAUAUAUAUAUAUAUAUAAUAUAUAUAAUGAAGUUCUUUCUUGUGAUUUUGCUUUCAAUUGUAAAGAAAACUUCAGGAGGUGAGGACUUCAUUAUAUUGUUUCUUACAAGUGUUAUGUAAAUAUUGUUUUCAUAUGAAUGGCAUAGCUACAUUCACCGAGGAUGAGUUUCUGAAACACUAACACCAAGCAGGCACAUUAAUACACACACACACACACACACACUCACAGAGGAACACACACGCACACACACGCAAAAUAAUUUACGUAAGUUAUUUUAACCAAUCUAGUUUUUGGCUUUACAAGGAGUUACACGCUGUCAGUUAUUUUGCAAAGUAGAUAAACUUUCAAAAUGGUUGGGAAAUAAAAAAAAAAAAGACAAAAUGCAGUGAAGAAACAUUUUGGAUAUAUUUACAUCCCCUCUCCCCCCACCU